GCUUUGCAGAGGAUGCUGGAAGGGUGAGAUAGCAGAGGAAAUUUCUCCUCAUUCCUCUGGCAAGAAGUGACCCUGUUGGCUGUCUGCUGUCCUCAAUGGCACACAGGGGAAAUCUGUGAGAAGGUACCACCAAACUGAAACCUGCUCAAGGGGAUCAGGAGACUAGGGAAUGGAACAGGAAAAGGCAGAGAGCAAGCAGUGUGACAGAAUAAACACUGCAGGUGGUCUAAGCACAGCUGUGGGUUAUCCACUGGACACAGUGAAGGUGAGAAUUCAGACUGAGAACCACUACAGAGGAUUUUGGCACUGUGUUCAGGAAACAUACAGGACAGAAAAGGUCCGGGGGUUUUACAAAGGUGUGACUGCAUCAGUGCUCGCUGUAUCAGCGGUUUCCUCAGUUUCCUUUGGCACGUACAAAAGCUUCCUCGGUGCCCUGUGCGAGCUGCGGUACGGGGCUGCGGAUGCCAAGCCGUCCGGGCUGGAUGUUUCCCUGGCUGGAGCUGCGGCCGGCGCUGCCCGGGUUGUGUUGACAAACCCUAGUGAAGUGGCUAAAGUUCGGAUGCAGACUCAGAGGAACCCAUGCCCUUCCAGCACACAUCAGCCUGAUUCCAAGCCAAAGUAUCGAGGGUCUCUGCACUGUCUGAAGGUUAUCAUCAAGGAGGAAGGUUUUGGGGGUCUCUACAAGGGCUGUUCUGCAUUACUCUGCAGGGAUUGCUCUGCUUCUGCAAUGUAUUUCCUUUCCUAUUCUGUGCUGUGCGACUGGCUCACACCAGAUGGGAGAAAUAAACCAGGUUUCCUUGUUGUGCUGCUUUCUGGUGGUUUUGCUGGAGUCCUGGCCUGGGGAUUAGCUACUCCCAUGGAUGUCAUCAAAUCACGCAUGCAAAUAGAUGAAUCGGACCAGCACAAGUACAAAGGCCUGAUCCACUGUGUGAGGGAAAGUGUGAGAAAGGAGGGGGCAAAAGUGCUUUUCAAAGGACUGGGUUUAAAUUGCAUUCGUGCCUUUCCUGUGAACAUGGUAGUGUUUGUAACGUAUGAAGGUGUACUGAGAUUUACAGAUCAUUAUAUAAACAAAAAAUAGCUUGUUCCACUCUGUCCAAAGCGUAUUUUAUUUAUUUACAUUUUUGUAAGACAACAUCCACAAACAACUGUUGAAUUGAUGGACAGCAUAAGAAGCAUGGACAUUUCAGCCCAAAGCUGACAAUUGAUGGCUUUGUUUUAUUCUUACAGGAUUACAAACUCAUCAGGGAGCCUUGGCUUCAUAUAAAACCUCCCUUUUAUCUCAUUAAGGUGUUUAGACUGUAGCCGCUGCUUAGGCCCCUGAAACAUUUGCAAAUUUUUAUGUUCUAAUAAGUUGUUUGUCUGAUCAGAGGUUUUGGUAAAUCAAGUAAUUUUUUUUCUACUGGCACAGACAAUGAUCCUCACAACCAAAAGAAGAGCUGGGGGCAGUUUCUGUAAGAUUUAACACUCCCCAGAGUGUGCUUUUUACAUGCUAUGCCUGCACUGCAUUCACCGAGUGACUCACAUACUUGUGCUUCAGGCUGCAACCUCCCCUUCCCAGCGGUAAUUUUCCCAAAGCUCUCUCCAAUUAUAUCCCCUUGGCAGGAGCUGAGGCAGGAAUGUCCUUUCUUUUCCCCGCUGCUCUGUAGCGAGUGGCAGCCAUGCUCUGUUUACAUAACUGCGCUAAUGGUCGCGCUGGGCGCCAGGCGCCGUGCCCAGCACCCCGUGUGAUUUUCUCCCUGAGCCCCACACAGCUCCAGCCCUCUCCCCAGGCCAUGGAGUGCGGCUCUCCCAGCCUGGCACAGCUUUGGAGGCAAUCUGUUCUCAUCCUGGAGCGAGGGCAGGAAUAGAUGCAAAGCCUCUUUGCUUGGCGAAGGAAAGGCUGCCAUAAAACCCGUGUACUGGCGGGGUUAGGCAAGUGAGAAGAGUUGCAAAGUUGUAGAGGAUAAUCAAGAUUCCCAGCUUUUAAAAGUGCAUACACUUCUCCCUUAAAGGGUGCUGUUAGGAGCAGCUAAAUGUAUUUUGUCAAAGGUGCAUUUUGAAAGAAUUUCAGACUUUUCUAUUACUUCUUUCUCAUCUUCCUACUAAUUUUUUAUUACUUUUUUAAAUGAAAAAGACAGUUGAAAAAACAGUGCCCAUGCUAUUGCUUCAGAAGGAAUAAACUAAAAUGUUAGUUUAUUCAUUCUGCCUCACAGGCAACAUAUUUAAUCCCUGGUUUAAUACCUGGAGGACGACACUUGAAGAAUUCUGGAUCCAACUUCUCAGAUUCUGCUAAAAAUGCAUUGAUUUGAGGAAAAGAGGAGUAUUGUAUUUUAAAAGGAGUUCUCAUAUUUAGGACCCUUCUGGUCAGCAGUCACUCU